UACUUAAACUCGGGUCAGCAGCGUCGCACCGGCGGGCUAGCUUCACAUCGGAUCCAAUCGGGUGUGCAAAUCAUACAUAUAAACAUAUGUGUUUGAAAGCACGCCAUCCCAAAACGAAACGCGAUCUACUAAACAUGAAAACUUCUUGUUUAUGGGUAUUACCAGUGCUGAUCCUACUGCAGCUGGGAAUCAAGCAAGUGGAGUCCAAAAAAUAUCAGCGCUGCGAACUCACACGAGUUUUGGUGGAGAACUACAACUUCGACAAGACCUUCAUUUCCAACUGGAUCUGUUUGGUGGAGCACGAAAGUUACCUGGACACCACCAAAGUAACGAAAAAGGGAAACGAGAGCAAGAACUAUGGCCUCUUUCAGAUCAACAGCAAGGAUUAUUGCACCGAAGGACGAAAAGGAGGACAGUGCAACAUGAAAUGUGAAGACUUCUCCAAUGACGACAUCAGCGACGACAUCGCCUGCGCCAGAAUGAUCCAGGAACGCGAGGGCUUCAAGUACUGGAAGGGCUGGGAUCGCUUCUGUCGCAAUCCGCAGAAUCUGCCCAAUCUCCGCGUGGCCUGCAACCUGCGCAGCCUGUCGCCAGUGCGAUCACCUCGUGGAUUCUUAACGGGCUGAACAGCUAUGUGAACAUCUAUCUUAAAGAUACAUACAUACAUAUGUGUACUUGUACAUAAAUGCUUUUGCAUAAUUG